CCUCCUGCGACGUCAACGUACGCAAUCUAUUCGGAAGUCGCUCAAUUGGACAGUUUAUCGGCGCCUCUGGUCAAAGGACUCUUUAUUCUCCAUACCUCAUUCCUCCCGCACUUGCGUCACUCUAGCCGACAAGGGUCUGUAAUCGCCACCGCCUCUCUCGACCUCUUAUCUAGUCAAAAACCAGGGAUUUUCGAAUUCAUACAGACAUCCGCAUAUUCAUAAUGUCUGCUCGCCCAUUGUCACAGUGCCUUCGCGCUCGCUGCACCCUGCCUAGGCCCCAGAGUAUCCAGGGCUUUUCCACCAGAAGCAACCUCCGCGCCGCCGACCACGGCGAUCACUACGACCCUCCCACUGGAUGGCUUUUCGGUGUCAAGCCUGGCCAGAAGUACGUCAAGGAAGGCUGGGAAAACAUUUGGUAUUACGGAUUCAUUGGUAGUCUGCUCGUUGCUGGAGUUGCAUAUGUCUUCAAGCCAGAUACCUCGAUACAAACAUGGGCCCUUGAGGAGGCCCGACGGAGGCUGGAAGCUGAGGGUAUCCUAGAGGACCCUGAUACAGCUCAGCGCAAGUAGAUUUUGUUACUGUCCCAUUUUCCUUGUACACUGUACAUAGAGUGAUCAGAAAAGACAACAAUUUCGGCCGAGUGGUUGCACCUGUCUUAGUAGGAAAGUGCUGGUUCGGACUUAGAUGGGGUUUAUUUGUUUCGUGUUCUUCGAUUUUUUCUUUUUCUCCGCAUGUACCUGCUAUCUUACAUUGUGAAUUAUUCCUCCCGGAAGCUUGCACAUCAAAGCCACAAAAAGGGAAGAAAAAAAAAGGCAAUUGCUUAUAGACUUUAUUGUUUCUUGCCUGCGGAUAGUCAUUACUGCUAAAACUAAUAAGUAGGAUAUGAAUUGCUGAGAUAUAUGAUCUUAAAACUAAAGAAU